AUGUGUACUCGUGUUAAAUUAUUUAAACCUGUCUUUAGUUUAUUUCUAAUUAUUUCAUUGGUUAAUCCAGGAUUGUCGCUAGGAGACAGUAAUUUGUUAAAUCUCGUAGAUAAAGCAGUGAAUUCUGGGAAGAGUAAUGAUAUCGGAAUAUUAUGGGGAAUCCCCGACGCCACGGCACACGUAGGACAUUUUUUCAACUAUUCCAUUCCCAAGGAUGCAUUUAAAGGACAAUCUCUUCAAUAUCAGGUAACAGAAGCUGGUAAAAACAUCUUGCCGUCAUGGUUGAGUUUUGACCCCAAAAAAGAAGUUUUACAAGGAAUACCCCUACCAACUGAUGUAAAACAACACUAUAUUGAAGUCAUUGCCACGGAUAAAAACAACCAGAAUGCCCAAGCUAAAGAUAUCUUCACCAUUGACGUGGUUACAGAAAGAAACAGCCAACCAGCUACAACACUGACCUUCGUUAAGGGAGGACCAAAAAUGGUACGAUGCAAACGCGAGCAACCUGAAACAAAAGUUACCAUAAUUUUGGAUACCGAUUUAGAAAAAUUAACCAGCAAUGGACGAUUGGAUUUACUGAAUCGAUUUUCAUACUUGAAUCUGAUUCCUGAAAUGUUGAAAAUGAUUCCAGUUAACGGCAACCCGAUCACCGAUGACACAGCCUUGGUGUCCGGGCCUGGAAACGUCAAGGAACCCAAAGAAUCUGGUGUGUUUGUCUCAUGGAGAGUAGGUUGUGGAACUGUCGAUCCUGGACAUUUACCGAUUCUUCAACAAGUUGAAGCUGAGGCUCAAAAUGGACAGUUAGCAGAAGCUUUGAAAAAUGCGAUCCUCAGUUGGCACGUGACCAACAGUCGUUUCCAAGAGCAUAAACGUCAUCGUCGAGCUAUCCGCGCCACUCCAUUAGCGACACCUGGUGUUCAACCAACCAUUCCCCAGGAACCUCCAACUAUGACUAAACCAGGUGAUGAAAUGACCCGUCCAGUCAUCGGUGAAGCCUCACCAACGUUCAGCAUCCAACCCACCCAAUCCAUGACCACCAUGAAAACUGACGAACCGGGAAAACCUACCCCAACCAUGCCCAUGAAACCUAAACCAACUGGUGGCAUCCAACCAUCUCAAACUACUCCAGAAACAACAGACCAAGACAAAACUAUGCCGUUACCCAAAGAAACCAUUUUCCCAACCAAGACAGACACCGAUUCCAAACCUACUGAUUCCAAACCAGGAUGUAUCCCCAAUCUUCCACCAAACGUCGAGAAUCCGAUUGGUCGAAUUGAAUUCAUGUCUGGUGAAUUUCAUAAAUAUAAAAUUCCAAAGGAUACUUUCAGUGAUUGUGAAGUCGGUAAUACCAGAAAUUUGGAAUUGGAACUCUACGCCAACUCCACAGAUCCUAUUCCUAAAUCCUAUUGGAUGAAAUUGGAUCAUAAACGACAGCAAUUGGUCGCUUUUCCAACACCAGGUGAUUCCGGAGUUCACAAGUUCACACUCGUUGCUAAGAAAGGCAUGAAGGGAUUGAUCGGAACGCAUUCAUUCAAGGUCAAGGUUAAAGGUGGCAGUCCGAAACAUUUGGCGAACAUCAACCACGAAGUUUCCAUCACUUUGGACGUUGAUUACGAUAAAUUUAUGUCAAAUAUUACCAAUCGCCUUCAUCUUGUUAACCGACUCGCCAAAGCUUUCGGGGAUCGUAACCAUAACUCUAUCCAGUUAACAGGAAUUGAAAGAGGAUCUGUCAUCAUAAAAUUCACCAACACUUCUCUGUCAGGUUCCGACUGCCCUGUUCAAGAUCUGAAAGAUAUGUUCAGUAAGUUCAUGAACGACGACGGCACAAUUAAACCAGAAGCAGAGAAGGCCCUGAAACCUUAUAAAAUACAGCAAGCUGGUACCAUCCCUAAAGGAGGCUGUCUGAACAACCCUGAUUUCCCUGAAUUAUUAUCACCAUACGUCAAUCCAGAGCCAAAACCAGAACCAGACGAUCAAACAACAACGCCCAUGACCCCUGAACCCGAAACAACAACUGAGAAAGUUGCCACAGGAUCAGCAAAGACGGGAGAUGAUAUUUGGAUCACUACUGUCGUUCCAGCUGUGGUCAUCGUCGCCAUAUUGCUUAUUGCUCUUCUGGUCGCCUGUAUCUUGUACCGUAAAAAACGAAAGGGUAAAAUGUCUCUUGAAGAUAAGAAUACCUUCGUUAAUAAAGGAGUACCAGUCAUUUUACCUGAUGAGCUAGACGAAAACGAAAAACAGCAAGAAUCUUCAAAACCUUUGAUAAUGGCUGACGAAAAACCUCCAAUUACCUCCCCUGAAUAUCGUGCCGGAUCGAGUGAAGCUUCAACACCCCCUGCCAAUCAUCGUAACAUGAUGGCUGAUGAUCCAUAUAUCGAAGAUGUACAUUCUCCAUUGUAUCAGCCUCCUCCUCCAGUUCAAUCAGCCGGUGGUAACAGACAACCGCGACCUCACAUGCAAUCAUACAACAAACCAACCGCCUACGUGCCCCCAUAAUCCCCCUCACUUCCUGUUUCCACCUCUCUUGCUAU